GUCUUCUGUCGUUCUCUUUUCCGUCAUCUCGUAUCGCCGUAAAGACGUUCGAAAAUGUCGGCCCACAAGACUUUCCGUAUUAAGCAGAAGCUGGCUAAAAAGCUAAAACAAAACAGACCAAUCCCACAGUGGAUCAGAAUGCGAACCGGUAACACGAUUCGUUACAACGCCAAGCGCCGUCACUGGAGACGUACCAAGCUAAAGCUGUAAAUCAGCUUACCUGUAAGCCUUGUUGGGAGAAGCAGUUGUCAUCAGAACAUACCCGUUUCCCGAUUUUGGUCUCUGGUUUAUUGCUGCAACCUUCGGAUGUUCUUGUUGUGAUGUACCCCAACUAGGGUACAACGAUCAAAAGGCGGUAACGACAUCGAAAGAUUAAUUCCCAACCAAACAUGAACUUAUCGGUGGAAGCUGUGUAUUUAUAUUCAAGAUUCUGCGAAGAUCCAAUACGUGUAUGGCAAAAAUAAACCUGAGCUAAAAUUUGGAA